UUAAGACUUAAAACUUCACUUACUACAUUUGUAUGAAAUAUACAAUUAACAGUGAUUAUCAUCACCAUAUAAUAGUUUUAAAAUAAGUUGAAGAAAAGUUUAAUGUUAUUAUUAAUAAAUAAUUAAUCAUUAUUAGAAAUAAAUGGUAUCAACUUAAACAUUUUUUCCCCAUUAUGCAAACAAACUACCGAAUGCCGAUGAAGACCAAUAAGGACUGAAUAAAAUUUGGUGAACUUUUAAAUUUCCAUUAAAAUCCACCCAUCCGUGUUGGUCUACUCAUACCUUAAGUUGUAGGAUUAUAAUAAACUGGCAACAUUUGUUGUAAUUUGCGAACUUCACACCGGAAAUAUGUUUGUCAAUGUCAAAUUCCACUGUCGGCUGUGACAGAAGCAUUGUCUUGUCAAGUUCACUGGUUACAGUUCACACUAGAUUUUUCAGCGUUAUUUAUUUAUCAAUUCAUGUUUCUUGAAAGAGAAUCUCCUUAAUACAUAAUACUUUUUUUUUUGAAAUCUAUUUCAAUAAAAAAAUUUAAUAUGGUUCUCACAAAAGAAUACAGAAUAUCCAUGCCUAUGACGGUCGAAGAGUAUCGUAUUGGUCAGCUAUAUAUGAUAGCGCGCCACAGUUUUGAACAGUCCAGCAACGGGGAGGGCGUGGAGGUGGUGGCCAAUGAACAGGUGAAUGAUGAGGUCAAUGGCCAGGGCCAGUAUACUGAGAAAAGGAUUCACUUAUCAAGCCAUCUACCCUACUGGAUACAAUCAAUGACUCCAAAAAUAUUCUACAUCAUAGAAAAAGCUUGGAACUACUACCCUUUCACCAUUACAGAAUACACAUGUUCUUUCAUCCCAAAAUUCUCUAUAUCUAUACAAACAAGAUAUGAAGAUAACAAUGGAACAACAGAAAAUUGUCUUGGCUUAACUGACGAAGAACUAGGCAGUCGAGAGGUAGAUUUUCUGGACAUUGCUUAUGAUGAGAUCAAGCCACAUCAUUAUAAAGAAGCAGAAGACCCCAAGUUCUUCAAGUCUGAGAAAACAGGGCGCGGGCCGUUGGUGGAGGGCUGGCGGGACACCCAGCAGCCCAUCAUGUGCUGCUACAAGGUCGUGCACGUCAAGUUCGAGGUGUGGGGCCUGCAGACGCGCGUCGAGGAGUAUGUGCAGGGCGCGAUACGUGAGAUUCUCCUAUUGGGUCACCGGCAAGCCUUCGCGUGGAUGGACGACUGGUACAACAUGACUAUUGAUGACGUGCGAGCUUAUGAGAAAGAAAUGCAGGACAAAACGAAUAUCAAGCUGAAAGCCGAAGAAGCGACCCCAGCGACGCCCUCAGACCCCAAAAAGUCCCCAUCUUCCAAACCACAGACGCCGAAGACCCCACAGAGUGCCAGCUCCACACCCACAGAACCCCGGUCUUGGUUCACCUGGUCUUAAAGUGUGUACUCUGGUAAGUUAAUACUCAGAGACAUAUAAGAUACGCUAUUCUCAUAGGUAAACAGAAAUUUCUUAGUUCGUUGGCGCUGUGGCCUUACUAUGUGACAUUUUUGUCUAUCACAAAAUUUGUGUUUAAAAGGUUAUUCGACUUAUUCUUUUUCGUUCCACUAAAAAUGAAAGUUAAUUACCCAACGACGAGAGACGAGGCGAUGAAAAUCACUUGCCCAUCCUGUGAUCUCGUAGAAAAAUGAAACGGGAAACACUAAGCGUAAAUAAGAAAUAAUAUUUGUAAACAUUUUUUUAGAUUGGCGUAUCUGUGUCCAUUAUAGUGUAAUUUGUUAGAAAAGUUCAGAAUGUCAUGUCACUUCAUACAAUAAGCUGAUUUAAUUAAGACAAUGCGUUUGUACUUGACAAGAGCUUUAUAUCGCAAAGUAGUUUUAGAUUGAUCACCUGUUUACACUGAAAAACUGAGAAGCCUAUUGUAUGGAGUGAAUCUCCUGUAGGUAUCAUUUUUUUCAUGGUACGGUAAAAAUAUGGCGAUGCUACGGAAGAGUUGUAACUCCAUACAUCAUUAAAUGCGGGUUAUUUGUAUAGGCAUAGUUAUAUGACAUCUAGCGACAAUCACGCGUCAACUAGCGUAAAUUAUCAGUACUGCUACUU